GGAGGGCUAAACGGCGUCGGGUUUCCGAUAUUUGUAUAAAACAAGGAGAACUAAAGACGUGAAGGGAAGAAGAAAGAAAAAGCGCUGUGUUAUUUUGAGGCUAUGGCUACCUUGAAUGUUCCUCACGAUGUUCCUUCUCCCAAUGUUGAUGCUGAAGCUCUCAAAACCGCUUUCAAAGGCUGGGGAGCCGAUGAGAAGGCUAUAAUCUCGAUCCUGGCCCAUAGAAACUGGAUUCAGAGGAAACACAUCAGGAUUGCUUAUGAACAGCUUUUUCAAGAGGAUCUUAUCAAGCGCCUUGAAUCCGAGAUCUCUGGCCAUUUCGAGAGAGCGGUGUACCGAUGGAUGCUGGAUCCAGAGGACAGAGAUGCCGUGUUGGCCCACAUAGCCAUAAGGAAGCCAAAGGAGGAUUUCGCGGUGCUUGUUGAACUUUCUUGCAUCUACUCACCUGAAGAGUUGUUGGGGGUCAGGAGGGCUUACCAGCACCGCUACAAGCGUUCCCUGGAGGAAGAUGUUGCAGCCAGCACUAAUGACGAUCUGCGCACGUUGUUGGUGGGAUUAGUGAGUACAUAUCGUUACAGUGGACCUGAAGUAGAUCUAAGCCUGGCGAAAUCUGAAGCGGAGAGACUUGAGCGCGCAGUCAGAGACAAGACCUACUAUCAUGAAGAUGUUAUAAGGAUCUUAACCACAAGGAGCAGGGCACAGCUGGUUGCUACUUUCAAUCACUACAAAGAUGCCUAUGGUGUUACCAUUUCCAAGCAAGUGGGAACUGAUACUGCAGGCAAAGAGUUCACAGAAGCACUACGAACGGUGAUCCGAUGCAUCGAUGACCCAAUCAAGUACUAUGAGAAGGUGGUGAGAAAUGCAAUCAAGAGGGUGGGGAAGAGCGAUGAGGAUGCGCUGACACGAGUGGUGGUGUCGAGGGCAGAGAAAGAUUUGAUGCAGAUAAAGGAGGCUUAUCACAAGAGGAACAGCGUUACCCUUGACGAUGCUGUGUCCAAGGAGUCUGGUGACUAUAAGCGUUUCAUCCAUACUCUUCUUGGUAACUAAACAAAGCUGGUUCUAAACUCUGCUUUGCUUGUUAGCAGUAAGAAUCAUCAUCAUCAUCAUCAUCAUCCUAUUAUGAGUAUCUAUAAUAAUCGGCUUUCUGUUAGUGUUUACGUGUGUUGUUUGUUAUGUAAUAAUAUGCUUGGCGUCUGAACCGCUACCUUUCUGGUUUUGUAUUAAUAUCAAGACUUUUAGCUCCGUUGUGUUACAUCCA